CUAGACAAGCUUACAGUAUUACGGAUGGCAGUGCAACACUUAAAGUCUUUAAAAGGUUCCACUAGCUCUUACACCGAAGUCCGGUAUAAACCUUCGUUUUUAAAGGAUGAUGAGCUCAGACAGUUAAUCCUUAGGGCUGCAGAUGGAUUCCUGUUUGUGGUUGGAUGUAACAGAGGAAAAAUUCUGUUUGUCUCAGAAUCAGUUUGCAAAAUACUUAAUUAUGAUCAGGUGGUUAUAAUUGAGUUUCUUGGUUUGUGUUUAUCUUAGAGUUUGUUUUACUUAGAAGUUUUUAAAAGUUGUUGGUUUAUUGUAUCCUUUUCUAUAAUUUCUUAGAAUAUCUUUGGUUUGACCUCUUUCAAAUUAAGGCUAAAUUUCCCGGAAUAAAAAUUUCAAAGUGCAAUCAGUGUUCAUGGCCUGAGUAAUAACUGGGUUUCAGUUGAUCAUACUGUAGAAUUGCUACUCUGAGGGAAAAGGA